AGUUAAUGAAAUUAACAGGCCUAGGAGUUUAAGGCAUUUUCAAUUCAAUUCUGAAUGAUGCUCAACGCGUUUAUCACAUUAUAUGAAUUUCUGAAAGAAACCGGAAAAUGGAACAAAUGUAGAAAUUGUACGAAUGCCUCAGCUGUAAUGAGUUCAGCGAUCAUCCACAGGCUACUUUAACUUUACUGAGCUCUGAUCCAGAACCCCUGAAAUAACUUCCAGAGGACGAGAGGUGAGGAGAGAUCGGGACGGGCAUCAGCAAACAGCUGAGCGCUUCUUCUGUCACUCUAAACCACAUCACAAUGGACCUUGAGCCGUGUGUGUUUGUGUACGAGGAUCAUCAUCUACCUGUCACUUCCUAAACAGGGCAUGUGUUAUUUAUAUCGGCCAGUAGACAACAGCACGGCUAAUCUACAAAAGGCUCAUCCAUCCGCGCCCCAUUGUCCGGCUGCAUUCGGGAUCCCCUCACUGUUCCGCUCGCCUCCGUCCAGCAGCGCUCAUGGCACCAAAGAAAGCAAAGAAGAGGGCUGCAGAAGGAGCGAACUCCAACGUCUUCUCUAUGUUUGAACAGGCUCAGAUCCAGGAGUUCAAGGAGGCGUUUACCAUCAUGGACCAGAACAGAGAUGGAUUCAUUGACAAGAAUGACCUGAGGGACACGUUUGCAGCUCUAGGCCGGCUCAAUGUGAAGCAGGAGGAGAUUGAUGAGAUGCUGAAGGAGGCGUCGGGGCCGAUCAACUUCACCGUCUUCCUCACCAUGUUCGGAGAGAAACUCAAAGGAGCCGAUCCAGAGGAAACCAUCCUCAACGCUUUCAAAGUGUUUGAUCCCGAGGGGAAGGGGAUCCUGAAGAAGGAAUAUGUCACUGAGAUGUUGACCACACAAGCAGACCGGUUUUCUGCAGAGGAGAUGGAGCAGAUGUUCACCGCAUUCCCACCAGAUGCUGCGGGAAACCUGGACUACCGGAAUCUGGUGCACAUCAUCACUCACGGAGAAGAGAAGGACCAGGAGUAGUUCACGUGCUCCUCAACCAAUCACAGCGCUCCCUGCGUGUUUGUACCCGCCCACUUAUUUAUAAUUGACAGGCUUGAAACGGAGCUCAAAGUCAAACUCAGAGUUGCUGAAACGAGAAUGUUCAGAUUUUUUAACGUAUGAUGAUGUUGUGUUGAUGUUUGCACCUUUGGCAUGCAACCUGUCAAAAUGUACUUACAUAUUGUAAUUGGUAAAUAAAUAAAUUGAUAUGAAAUACU